AUGUCGGUACCAGAUCCGGACGAAGCAAUGAACGCUCAUGUGGAGGAACCCAUAGACGAUACUGAUUUCGGUCUAAACAAUGCGAAUGAAGUUGAUGACGAGUUUGUUGGCCAACCUAUGGUUUCACCUGUACUUCCUGGAGAAAAUGGUAGUACUCUUCAGAAAAUUUCUAUUGUGCCGACUGUUGUACAGAAUGUUGUUAAUUCCGUACCGUUCGAUUUGGAAGCAAUUCGAACUAGUUAUACAGGUUAUGCGUUGAUUAAUCGAUUGUUGUUCAUAUCUGAUACUUGUCCUCCACUGCAAAAGGAUUCAUUAAUUAUGCUUAUCAAUUAUAUUGUUGAGCAUACUUCAAAUGUACAAGUGUAUCUAGCAGCUCAUCAUCGUUUAAAUUCUCUACGUGCACCACCUCUUGAAUUGCACUCAGCUGGUGUUUCCGUGGAUAUGAAUACUGUUGAUGAUUUGCCUCGUUUGAAUUCACAAUGGAUGGAUGCAACCACAGCAAAAUCACAGGCCCGUUUGGAUAUGCUUGCAGUUGAGUUUAAAAGGCAGAAGGAGGAAGGUGUUAAGGAGUCUACGAGGCGUACCAUGCAUGAUCUUUUUGAGCAACAGAUCGCCAUGGGACAACUGCAAGAAGCUGCUAAGCUAUAUGGUCGUGGGAUACGAGAAUAUUGUACUUCACCAAAACAUAUCAUCGAGAUGUUGAUGAAUUGGAUAGAGGUGACAAUAUAUCUUAAUCACUGGCAUCGAGUAGAACCUCUCCUUACGCAGGUCGAGAGAGCUCUGAUUGAAGCAAUGGAAGUAGAAAGUGUGGCAGCAACAUCAACGAGUCGGCCUGGUCGUCUGGCUGCAAAUUCAACUUAUGCAGCCACUAGAAAUAUGAAAGAAAUAAUUGAUACUGCAAAGGCUAAAGUUGGAGCAGUUGCUGCUUUAAAUUAUCUUAAUAUGAGAAAUUAUAGACUAGUGGCCGAAAAAUGUUUGAAGAUUGAAUUUGAUUAUUUUGAUUACCCAGUUUUGUUGGCCGUUAAAGAUGUUGUUAUGUUCGGUACCAUUUGUGCAUUAGCAACUUUUAGUCGGUCAGAAUUGAAAGAAAAAGUUCUGGGGAGUUUAAUGUUUUGGAAAUUUCUCGAGACGGAGCCAAAACUUAUUGAAUUAUUGCAAAAAUUUGUAAAAAGUCAAUUUGGAAUCUGUUUUGAUAUUUUGGAAGAGAUUCGUGAUCAGCUUCUUUUAAAUAUGCAUCUUUGGCCGCAUGUAAAGGAGCUCUAUUAUUUAAUUCGGCGACGAGCAAUUGUGCAGUACUUUACACCGUAUGCAGUUGCUGAUAUGGACAAAAUGGCUGUUAUAUUUCGUGUUCAUGUUAGCGAGCUGGAAAAUGAGCUUGUUAAAUUAAUUGCGAAAAACGAAAUAUCAGCAAGGAUUGAUUCAUCUUGCAAAAAGUUGUACGCUAAAGUCGAAAACCAAGUUACGAAUACCUACAAUGAGCUUAUAGAAGUUAGUAAUGCAAUGCAUCGCAACAUUCUGGAUAUCUUGCUGCGGGCCGCGCUUCAUCAAGCACAAAUAAUAGUUGGACAAACAGAAAAUGGCGCACGUAAUAGACGUCGUCCUCUUCAGGGAUCUUCUGCAACCGAUGAACUGUCGGAACGUAAAAUAUGUGCUGGUAGCGCAAGCGAUAAUAUAGCAAGCUGCUCAACAAGUCAGCUACCAGGAGCUACUAGAAGUUUGAUGUCACGUCUGUUUGGUUCUGCUCGUGUCACUUUCAGUCCAACCAAUUCAUCACAAGCUGUAGAAGCGGAUAGUUCAAAUGAAAUUCCCAAGACUAAUCCACUGAAAAGGGAGAACACGGAAGGUGCACCUUCGAUUGAAAAGUCAGUCCCUGAGGCGUCCUCUUCAAUAAUUGCCGGUAAUGAGAACUCUCAGGAAGUAAUAAUGCAGCAACAUUCAGGUGAUCAACAAACCCCUUCAUUUCUGAAAGAUACAGUUUCUGAUGUUGAUGGUUGUGAUAGAGUCAAUGAAUGA